AUGAAGUACACUCCUUCCAUCCUUCUCUUCUCCCUCAUCUCCGCGGCGGCGGCCAUGCCGUUUGACCUCGUCGCCCGCUACGGAGAGUGCUCGAGCAGCUCCGAUUGCGCGGCCGGAUACUGCUGCUCGCAGUACGGCUACUGCGGCACCGGCACCGAGUACUGCGGCUCGACUCCGCCCAACGGCGAAAGCAGCAGCUCCCCUCCGCCCCCGAGCGGCGGCGACGGUUCGUACCCUGGCCUGGACGCGACGCAGAGCCGCAACGCCGCCGCUGCCAUCGGAGAGGUCCGCGCCGAGGGGCUCGGCCGCCAGGCGUGCCUCGCCGUCAUCAGCACCGCGCUCCAGGAGUCGACCCUCCACAUCUACGCCAACCCGGUCGUGCCCGCCUCGAUGAACUACCCGCACGACCUCGUCGGCGGCGACCAGGACAGCGUCGGCAUGUUCCAGCAGCGCCCCGAGUGGUACCCCGACAUCGCGGCCGACAUGUCGGCGGCCGGCAGCACCCGUCAGUUCCUCGCCGCCAUGAAGCAGGUCGCCGGCUGGGAGACCAUGGAGGUCUCGGCGCUGGACCAGGCCGUCCAGAAGGCCGAGGCUGGCAAUCUCUACGCCCAGCGCCUGCCGCUGGCGAACCAGGUCUGCAGUGCGGCCGGGUUUUAA